GUGGUUUUCGUGUGGUAUUCGUCAUGGAGCUGUCACUUUGACAAAACAUAAGAGCUUGAAAAAAUAGUGAAUAAAACAUCAUUCACACUCCCGAAAUCAUAAUUGUGUAUCUCCUCUCAGCGCUCUCGAUCAUCUGAGAAGAGUAAAUAGUGCAAAGAUGUUAUCAUUUCGGUUACCGUUGACGAUUAUCGGCCGUAACUUGAUCGCAUCGAUGGCACGGCAUCCACGGCAUUUGUCGCAGUCAUCAGCCGCAUCAGCAUCACGGUCAAUAGUUCAUCAAGUGUAUCCAUUUCCAAAUAUUAAGAUCACGUCAAACUAUCAUUUAAAUAUUAAACCGUACGAUGUGUUGGACUGCCCAGAUGGGAAUCUACUAAGAAUUUCGCUGCAACCAAAGGAAACAACCAAAAUCACAUCAAAAGUCACAGCGUUCCUAGCCAAUUUCGAUGCAGCCAUACAAAUUGAUGAUCAAAAUAUUGUUAUUGACACGGUUGACGACUUGGGCACACAAGUGAAUGCCGAUGAAUUGGCCAAUGCUGUUGAGUGUCUCAUUGAAGUGCCCAUCAAAUCGAAUUUAAAAGUGGCCAGCAAGCGUGAUGUGAACAUCCAAAAUAUGUACAGUGAUGAUAUCAAUGUGACGACAAACGAUGGCGAUGUGAAGACGAAAAAUAUCCAUUCGGUGAGCCUGAGUUUGGUGGCACAAAAUGGGCAUAUCCAAUGCGAUGGCACGACACUAGCCAAGAAAAUGGACGUUCGAAGCCAUGGCCAAAAGAGUAUCCAUUUGAAUCAGGUGCUGGGCGAUUCAUUAACGGCAAUCAGUGAAAAUGGAAUCAUAUCGACAAAUUCGUGUUAUGCGGAAAAUUCCAAAUUUAUCACACAAAAAGGUGGUCUUCAUUUGAAAAAUGUACACAAAAAAUCUGAAUUGUAUCUGCUGGAUGGAGGCGAUUUAGAUGUAACUGGUUUUCAUGGCAUUUUGAAUGCAACCACCAACGGUGGAACGCUGAAUCUUCAGUUGACCGAAAUCUAUGGUGAAAGCAGCAUUGAGGCACAGAGUCCAACCGUAUUUAAUGUCAACAUAUCGGAAUUUGUCGAACAGCAUACAUGCCUCAACGUGAAUGCAACACAAAUUGAUAUCGACACCACAUUGACGCAGUUUGAAAAAUGCCAAAAAGAUGACGGUAGCGGCGAUGAGCUACAAACCGGCAAUCGUGACACGAACGAUGAUCAACUCAUCAUUCGAACGAAUGGACAUUUAAAAUUAAGCAAAUUAUCAUGGAUGGACAGUAUGAAAUUGAAAUUGGCCGCAAAGAAGCUAGAUGCCGAGUAAAAUUUAUACGAUUAUGAUAUUAACGUUUGUUUUGUGUACUUUAGCAUCGCAUUUUUAAGUAUAUAGAAAAUAUACCUUGUUGACAGUUCCAUACAUAGUUGUUUGCACUGUGUGCGUGUGUAGCACAUCAACAAAAUCUAUCUAUACAUUUCGUGAUGGUGACAGUUUGUGUCACUUCACUUUCAAUAUGUACGGUAGAAGAAUCACUUCACAAUACUCGACGUGUUAAUGUAUAGCAAAAGUGCAAAAUAAAAGCGAGUUAGACAGACACGCAGGGAGAGAGAGAGAGAGAGAGAGAACGAGAAAAGUCGUUGUUGUUGCAA